UACCACCACAUGUCACCCUCUUGCUCCGCGCCUGCCUGCAUCUACUAAAUGGACACAAUUUGGGAUCAUUUUACUCCUCAAUUUGUCAAGAUGGCUCUGUUUCUGAAAGUGAUUGGCAUCAUUGAGCAAAGUCGGGUAAAUGAUAAUUUAAGUCUAAGGUGACUCUUGCUCCAUACGGAAAAAGACUAGUUUGAAAUUUGAGUAUCCUAUUCAUAGAAGUAAGUAAUGUUGAAAUAUGUGUAACGUAUAGUGUUCUAUGGGGAAGAAAGAGAAAAACAAGGGUUCUAUAAGGAAAGAGGAUAGCACGAAAACGAGAGUUCUAUGAGGAAACUCAUAGCUAAGUCUAUCGUCAGUUCAAUCUGUACAAGAAACUGUGAUAUUAUUACUCUUAUGAUUAGGAAAUAAACAGCUGGGAGUGUAGCUAUUAAGGCUCGAGUAUCCAGGCAUAUUCUCUCGCCUAAUCCUUGACAGCAGCUUAUGGCAGUAGUUUAUUCCGUAGUAAAAUUUAGAUUGCUUUCCAACCAUAGAUACAAGUCAAAGGACUCAAAGCCAAUUACCGUAUCUUCAUAGAAAAGAACACCAAUUACCGUAUCCUUUAUCAGAAAAACCGGUCACUGAUGUACAUGACGGCUUCACAAUUUGCACAUACAAUUUCUUUCUGGUCCCUUUCAAUCUUUUGUCGUCAUCCGAAAUAUCUUCUUUCCCUUCUAUUUAUUCCAAAUGCCUUGAUUGUCAAUAUUAAAUUUGUAUUGAGCAAAGAGGCUGCCUCCCAAAACAAGAAAAAUGGUGAUAGCCAAUACAGGUGAAGUUCAGACUACAUCAAAACCUGAAUAUGACAGAGCAAGUGAAGUUAAAGCUUUUGAUGACACAAAAGCGGGCGUCAAAGGACUCGUGGAUGCUGGAGCGACUGAGGUUCCUCGCAUGUUUUAUCAACCACCAGAUAAGUUUGAGAAAUCCUCUGUUCCAGGUGACGCCCAGGUUCGUAUUCCUGUUAUAAACCUUGAUAGAGUGAAGGAGGAUCCAAUUACUCGCAAGGAGAUUGUUGAAGAAGUCCGUGAUGCGUCAAAGAAAUGGGGUUUUUUUCAAAUUAUUAACCAUGGGAUUCCAGUGGGUGUUCUAGAGGACAUGAAGCAUAGUGUUCGUAGGUUUUUCGAGCAAGAUGUCGAGGUCAAGAAACAGUUCUACACUCGUGAUAAUAUGAAAACGGUGGUCUACAAUUGCAAUUUUGAUCUGCAUACUGCCCCGGCAGCUAACUGGAGAGAUUCUGUUUUUUGCACUAUGGCUCCUGAUCCUCCUAAGCUGGAAGAGCUGCCAGAAUCAUUCAGGGAUAUAAUGGUGGAGUACUCAAACCGGUUAAUGAGUUUGGGAUAUUUACUCUUUGAGUUAAUAUCAGAAGCUCUUGGGCUGAAUCCUGACCACCUGGUGAAGAUAGAUUGUGCUAAAGGUCUUGGUGUGCUGUGCCAUUACUAUCCGGCGUGUCCGCAGCCAGAAUUGACUCUGGGAGCUAGCAAGCAUGCUGACAGUGACUUCCUCACCGUGCUUCUACAAGACCAUGUUGGCGGCCUCCAAGUUCUUCUUGGAAAUCAGUGGAUUGAUGUACCUCCAACCCCUGGGGCUUUAGUAGUUAACAUUGGAGAUCUUUUACAGCUUAUAUCAAAUGACUGUCUUUUAAGCGUGGAGCACAGGGUACUAGCAAAUUCAGUAGGACCUAGAGUAUCGGUGGCAGGCUUUUUUGUCACAGGUUUUCGGCCAAACCCAAGACUAUAUGGACCUAUUAAGGAGUUGUUAACAGAAGACAAUCCUCCGAAAUACAGGGAAACUACUGUGAUAGACUAUCUUAAACACUUCAACGGAAAAGGCCUCGAUGGAACUUCUGCCCUGCUGCAUUUCAGACUAUGAACUAAUCCGUGGAGACAAAAAGAAGCAUUUGCAUCCUAGAUAGUUUCUGAACUACUUACUUUGGCACUUAUUUGUAAUAUUUUCUAUCAUGAUAACUAGAAUUAGAAAAGGAAGUGAUGGUUAUUUAUCCAAUUUAUAGACCCAAGUAAUGUUUGAUUGUUGUG